UCGUCUGACUGUGAGUCCCAGCAGCUCUCAGUUCUUUGAAGGAGACUUUGUGUCUCUGAGCUGUGAGGAGGACGACAGCUCUGCUGGAUGGACUCUGAGGAGAAACACAAGCACAGGAAACACCACUCAGUGUGGAGAUGGGUGGGGAACAUCAUUUAACUCUUCCUGUGACAUUAGUUACAUCGUUGAACGAGACAGUGGAGUUUACUGGUGUGAGUCCAGAGAGGGUCCCAUCAGUAACAUGGUUAACCUGACAGUCACUGGUGGAUCAGUGAUCCUGCAGAGUCCUGUCCUCCCUGUGAUGGAGGGAGAUGACGUCACUCUGCUCUGUAAAACAAAGACCACUCCCUCCAACCUCCCAGCUGCUUUCUAUAAAGAUGGCUCCCUCAUCAGGAAGCAGCCUACAGGUCACAUGACCAUCCAGCAUGUUUCCAGGUCUGAUGAAGGCCUCUACAAGUGUGACAUCAGCGGUCAUGGAGAGUCUCCAUCCAGCUGGAUCACUGUCACAGCCUCUCCCCCUGGUACUUCUCUUCUUCCUGUGGUUAUCUCUUUUGGAUCAGUGUGUGUUGUGGUUCUACUGGUGUUACUGGUUCUGCUGGUGAGGCGAUGUGUUCACAGGGAAACUGAAGGUGAGACUUCCUGA